UCUCCAUUUCUCUGAACCCUUAAAAAUCAAAAUCCCUCCAAAUUCAACAAAACAAAACUCACUGAGAGGGGAUUUUUUUUUUCUUUUUUUGAUUUUUAAUCUCUCUUUUUCCCUUUAUGGCGACUGGUAGGAGUUACUUCUCUCGCUCCAAGUUCCGCUUUCUUCCUGCCGGCGACGGCCCCGACCACUGCCGUGGCGACGCCGUCUUCGAUUUCGACGAGUCCGACCUCUUCAACUCUCCGCACUCCGGAACCUCCCCGGAGUUCCGUCGUCCAGCCACCAAAACCCGAAUCUCAAAGCGGAUUUCGCCCGUCGUCGACGCCGGAGACCGGAACGUAACAACGGUUUCCGCAGCGUCUUUGCCGGUCAACAUCCCCGACUGGUCGAAGAUCCUGAGAAACGAAUAUAUCGAGAAUCGGAGAGACAACUUCGACGAUGACGAGGAUGAAGACGGCGACGGCGGCGAUGACUUUGAAGAAGGGCGAUUUAGGGUUCCGCCGCAUGAAUUUCUGGCGAAGACGAGAAUCGCUUCGUUUUCGGUUCAUGAAGGAAUCGGAAGAACGUUGAAAGGGAGAGAUCUGAGCAGGGUUCGAGAUGCGAUUUGGCAGAAAACUGGAUUCGAAGAUUGAAUUGAAUUUGAACAAAAACGAAGAACAGUUAAAUCGGAAUAUUCCAAUAGAAUAUACGAAUUCCUUCCAUGAGUAAGACUUUUGAUCUCUCUUCCACCAAAAUUUUUUUAUCGUUUCCUCUUCCUCUGUUAAUUUUUUCCGCCGUUUGGCCGUUGUAUCUCGGCGGCGUUUCGAUCGUUCCGAUCAUCGUUAUUUUUUCACAUCUGUAAUUCGGAAUAUUUUGUAUUUUGAAUUUCACGAGAAAAAUAGAAAUAUUUUAUACUUUUUUUUUUAA